UUAUUUUGAGCUCAACGAGCUCUCAUUCCUCUUCUCCAGCUUAAUUGACAGUAAAACUUUGUUAAUGGCUAUGUCCCUAUGAAGGGCGUAUAUCGUUGGAACUGCAAAUUGAGCUCUUCAAACACCUUUGAUGGCGUCUCUUGCUUUCACACACUCAGUUCCAUUAACCAGAUGGUUCUUGAAUUGGCCUAUUCCCACCCCACCAAUCUCCAUUCAGCUUCAGGGUUUUAGAUUGCAGAAGUUGGCUCUUACAGCUGGUGCAUCUAAGAAAAAUUCUGCACAACCCACAGUCGAAGAGGCACUGAAUGAAGAAGGAACUACCAUUAAAAAAGCUUCAAGGACUUCUAAACGAGCUCCUAAACAAAGCAAAAAGAAGGCAGAGCCUGAGACUUCAGAUGAGAUUUCCAUUGUGGAUAAUGAUGUUUCACAAGAAGAAAGCUCUAAUCCAUUUGCUUCAAAUGGAGCUUCAACAAAAACCCCAAGAAAAGGCCAAAAGAAAGCUGUCAGUGUAUCUACUAGCUCAGAGGAGGAGAACAUUGGUAAGAAGGUGAUCAGACGAAGGAAGACUAGAAAGAAGAUUGAUGCUAUAGAGAACCAAGGCAUAGAAGCAGAAAACAGUGAUCAUCAGAGACAUACUUCCGUUAAAAACUUUGAGGACGAAAAAGAGGAAGACCUAGAAUUUGACAUAGAUGCAGGGGAAGAUAUUAGCUUUACCUAUGGCUGGCCCCCUCUAGUAUGUUGCUUUGGAGCUGCUCAACAUGCUUUCAUACCCUCUGGGAGGCCAGCCAACAGACUUAUUGACCAUGAGAUCCACGAAAGCAUGAAAGGUGCAUUGUGGGCCCCAAACAAGUUUAUAAGGGCACCUGGUGGACCUUCAAGUAAUGUUGCAGUGGCACUUGCCAGCUUGGGUGGCCGGGUUGCGUUCAUGGGGAAGCUUGGGGAUGAUGAGUAUGGUCAAACCAUUCUAUACUAUUUGAAUGUCAACAAUGUCCAGACCCGAUCAAUUAGUAUAGACAGUAAAAAACUUACUGCUGUAUCACAUAUGAAAAUUAGUAAGCGCGGUGCAUUGAGAAUGACUUGUGUCAAGGCAUGUGCUGAGGAUUCUUUAUCAAGGUCUGAGAUCAACAUCGACGUGCUGAAAGAGGCAAAGAUGUUCUACUUCAAUUCAUCAUCCCUGCUUGACCAAGACAUGAGAUCAACUACACUUCAAGCCAUCAAGAUCUCCAAGAAAUUGGGUGGGGUCAUCUUCUUUGAUCUAAAUCUUCCCUUGCCACUUUGGCAGUCAGGUGAGGAAAGCAAGAAGUUCAUUCAGCAAGCAUGGAAUCUUGCCGACAUUAUUGAGGUUACCAAGCAGGAACUGGAAUUUCUUUGUGGGAUCAAGCCCUCUGAGAACUUUGAUACCACAGACAAUGCUAAGUCUAAGUUUCUCCAUUACAAACCAGAAGUAGUUGCAUCACUUUGGCAUGAAAAUCUCAAGGUUCUGUUUGUGACCAAUGGGAGUUCUAAGAUACACUACUAUACAGAGAAGGAUAAUGGCGCAGUCCUUGGAAUGGAGGAUGCACCAAUUACUCCCUUCACUUGUGACAUGUCAGCAUCGGGUGAUGGGAUUGUUGCAGCUCUCUUGAGAAUGUUGACAGUCCAGCCACACCUCAUCACUGACAAAGGGUACCUAGAGCACACAAUCAAGUAUGCCAUUGAUUGUGGGGUCAUAGACCAAUGGAAGCUUAGCCGUACAUGUGGCUUCCCUCCUCAAGAAGAGAUGGAAGAAGAAAUGGAAGAAGAAGGGGUGUCUGAUCCUGAUGGCGUGAGAUCGAUAACAAAAAUGGAAUACCGCUCAUUGAAUCCUGUAAGUUGAUAGUGAUGUUCAUCUGAGUUCAGGUUCUCUUCUUGUUGUAGUAUAGGCUUCACAGGCUGGGAGCUUUGAAUCCCCUGUAAAGAAAAGUGAGUACCUUCAGUCCUUUUUCAUCUAAUAGUCCAUUGUAGAACUGCAAUUUUGGACUGUAUGAAUAGUUGUAUUGAUAAUCAAA